AUACGCUGGAUGGUAUGCCCAUGGGUACUCAGUCCCCUCAAGAAUGCCUGGUCUGCCUAUUCAAAUCCCAUUCCUAAAAACAAGACCCAGCUCCUUUGGCUGAUUGUUUUGUGCUGUGUCAUUUCCAUAGCCAUUGGGCUUCUUCUCCAUAUCUGGCUGUUUAGCUCUCUUCACUACCAUACUCUGCUAACCGUCGUUCUGUCAUCCGUUGUUUCCACCAUUAUAUUCUUCAUACUAGUCCUAAUGCACCCCAUUCGCUGCAUAGUGACUAUCAUGAUGCCAGUAAUGGGCACCAAGCAAGGCCGAAGGCUCCUGCUGAGCUCCUGUUUCAUGCUGAUAGCGUUCAAGAUCAUCCCUAAUAUCAUUGCCAACAUGAGAGCAGUGUUUCGCACGUUAGGGUGCCUCUCGCAGCACUCUUCCGAGAGGCUUUUAAAUUCAACAUUUUUUUUUCAAACCAUGACCAGCGAUACCAACGAUAUAGUGACAGAGAUGAAAAACCUUUUGAGCUCCAAAAAAAGUGAUGUAAAGAUUUCCGCUCAUACCAAAACAUCGUUGGUCGCCGACCAUAUACUUCAAAUAACAGAUAAUGUCAAAAAGGAUCUAAUGGCGGUGGAAUUAUUAUUUAAGGAUGGUGUGCUCAUAUCUAACAGAAUUCUAGCCGGAAUUUUUAUUAUGGUUCUUCUGUUCAAUGCAACGUGGUAUCUGAAGUGGUAUCUGACCGAUCUCAAGUUUGACAAUCUGUACAUCACCGAAAAGCUGGAAAAACUUGCCCUGGAGAAAGAUGGCAGCCACCUACUCACUGCUUCCAGGGUGAAGCUCAUAAGGUCAACGGGCCUCAAGCUUUCCAGAAGGGAAAUCUUCCACUGCAUCAUUAGAUCUCUGAUACUUGUUUCUUUUGUGAUGUUCACCACCGUGGUUAUAGCCACUGACCAUAUCACGUAUCAGUUUGCACUGACUGUUGGGGAGUGGGUAGUAAAGGUGCCCUCAGUACCAAUUGUCUUUGAGAUAGACUAUCUCAUAACUUAUUAUGUAUUAAGGGGGGUAUUUUCCAAGAACCAUGGAAACUCGAGAUCUUUCCACUGGAAUAUGACUUUUGUCUCCUCACAAUGUAGAACCCAAGCGACCCCUCCAGAUGACUCUGUGGCCAUCACCGUUGUCAUCAUCUGCGGUGUGAUAUUUGCCAUGAUACUUAUGGAAGCGUAUGCUCAACGCUUGUGCCGAAAAAUCUCCGCUUCAUUUUACAAACAGCGCGAAGACCAAAGAGUUUCUUAUCUGUUUCAAAAGAUUCUUCAGAAACAACACAAAAAUGUUCCUGAUUUUCCCAACUGAUGGCUCAUUACAUGAUCCUUCCCUACACUAGGAACCUGUGCAGAAUGCAACAUUUACAGGGUGGUAAUGGUGAAUUUAUUUCUUUAAUGUCUUUUGGCUCUGUAGAACUCCAUUACCCAUGGGCAGAUAUAAGUGAUUGAAGAUGAAAAAGUCUAUCCAUAAUACUGAAUAUAAAUAUCUAAGAAAGCACUUGAAUUUCUUGUAGGUGGGAGGUAUAUUGAGUGAGAUCCUUAUGAUAAUUGCAGUCUAUGGGGCAUGUUUACUAAUACUGGAGAUAAACAUCACCAGUGAUGAGCAAAUUUUUUUGGCAGGCAUGGAUUCGCAGCAUGAAAUUUUGCACAGUUGCAUCAAAAAAAGUGUGCGUCGCGUGAAAAAAGGCUCGGUUGCACACAAAAAGGCACGCGCGUCACAAAACGUUUCGCUAAUUU